AUGUCUCAGUUCCGCUACCUCAAAACACUCACUUUUGACUUUGAUUUCGUCGGAUCGCACUCUGGCGUGAAUGACUUGCAGCUCGCGAGAGUGAAGCCGCUGCUUCCCGAGUGUCUCAAAUUCAUCCGUGACAAACUUGGCCAGCCGCACGAUUAA